CGGGCCAGUUCCGCUCGCGCUGCGUUUCCCCAACGGCGGAUCCGAGCGACCGGGAGUCAGUGGAGCCCGAGCCCAGGCCGUGCCUCCGCCACUGCCCCCGGGGCCGAGCGGCCGGUAAUCCAAAAAACAGAUGAAGAGUGGAAGUGACCACUGAUUUUGCGCAAACAGUACUACAUUUUGUUGGGUUUGGUCAAGUUUGUGGUGAAUUCUUGCAGCUGUGACUAUGUCGGUGGAUAUGAAUAGCCAGAGUUCUGACAGUAAUGAUGACUAUAAUGGAGACUCUGAGGAGGAAGACCAGGGUGAUAUGAGUACCUAUUACGAAGGAGUAGAGUGCGAUGUGGAGCAGCAAGGUGCAGAUGCCUUUGAUCCAGAGGAAUAUCAGUUCACAUGUCUGUCAUACAAGGAAUCAGAGAAUGUGUUAAAUGAACAAGUCGAUAUCAUGGCAGAUGCUCUUAAGGUUCAGCCAUCUGUAGCAAAGCUUAUUUUAGUUAACUUUCAUUGGAAAACCUCUGAUAUUUCAGAAAGGCACAAAUCUAACCCAACUCAGCUUCUGGUGGAGGCCAGAGUUCAGCCGAAAACAGCAAAAAAUACGUUCAUCCAUUCUUCUCAUCAUUGUGGUGUAUGCCUGCAGUCAGUUCGAAAGGAGAAUUUACUGUCCUUACCCUGCCACCAUCCAUUCUGCCGCAGUUGUUGGGAGCAACAUAGCACUGUACUGGUGAAAGAUGGCAUCGGAGUGGGUAUAUCCUGUAUGGCACAAGAUUGCCUGCUCCGAACGCCUGAGGACUUUGCUUUUCCUUUGAUUUCUAACGAAGAGUUGAGAGAAAAAUACAGGCGCUACCUCUUCAGAGAUUAUGUAGAGAGCCAUUAUCAGCUGCAGCUGUGCCCUGGUGCUGAUUGUCCGAUGGUGAUCCAGGUACAAGAACCCAAGGCUCGGCGUGUGCAGUGCAGCCGCUGUAAUGAAGUCUUCUGCUUCAAGUGUCGACAGAUGUACCAUGCUCCUACUGACUGUACCACUAUUAAAAAAUGGCUCACCAAAUGUGCUGAUGAUUCCGAGACGGCAAAUUACAUCAGUGCGCAUACGAAAGAUUGUCCAAAGUGCAAUAUUUGCAUUGAGAAAAAUGGAGGGUGCAAUCACAUGCAAUGCUCAAAAUGCAAGCAUGAUUUUUGUUGGAUGUGCCUGGGAGAUUGGAAAACCCAUGGAAGCGAGUACUAUGAGUGCAGUCGGUACAAAGAGAAUCCUGACAUUGUGAACCAGAGCCAGCAGGCACAGGCCAGGGAAGCUUUGAAGAAAUACUUAUUCUACUUUGAAAGGUGGGAAAAUCACAAUAAGAGCCUGCAGCUAGAAGCACAGACAUACCAGAGGAUUCAAGAGAAAAUCCAAGAACGAGUUAUGAACAAUCUGGGAACAUGGAUUGAUUGGCAGUAUUUGCAAAAUGCUGCCAAGCUCCUUGCCAAGUGUCGGUACACUUUGCAAUAUACAUAUCCAUACGCAUACUAUAUGGAAUCUGGGCCUAGGAAGAAACUGUUUGAAUACCAGCAAGCACAGCUGGAAGCAGAGAUUGAGAACUUGUCUUGGAAGGUGGAGCGAGCAGACAGUUAUGACCGAGGGGAUCUAGAGAAUCAAAUGCAUAUAGCAGAACAGAGGCGUAGAACACUGCUUAAGGAUUUUCAUGACACAUCAGACUAAAGGAUGUGGUGCCACAUCGUAAAAGGCGUUGGCUGGGGAAGAAGACAAAAUACUGUUUUAGUUCCUUGUUUUUGUUUUCAUCUGCCGUUCCUUUGAUUUUCUUUUUUGUUUGCUGGAAUAGUCAGCAAUGCUCAUGGGUAAUUCCCUUCAUGAGCUGCAAUAGUGUUAGACUUAUUUUUAGAAGAAAAAAUGUAUUUUUUUUUUAAAGAAAGAGAAAAUAAUAUGUGCUAACAUUGAAAAAUGAGAUUGUUUAAACGUUUUAAGAAACCUGGGCUUUUACAAAUGCUUUCACAGAGACUGGAAGGAUUGCAGAAGUCUCAGCUUCCCCACAGACUUUUUAUGUAUAUUUUCACUCGAACAAAACUUUUGGGGCAUUCGUGGCACAACCUAAUUAUAGUGCAUACUGGCACCAGGGCACUCUGCUUAGGCAUUUGUUGGGAAAGCGCAGACUGCUUCAAAAGAAGUCAUUUGGGAAUAAUUUGGCUUUCUGAUAUCUUGUGUUAAUGUGCGUAUGUAGUCAGCUUUGUGUCGGAGCAAUUUUUUCAGGCGGAUUUAAGGUAGGGUGUUGAUGACAGAUGAUGAUCUGUCGACAUGAGGUGCUGUAUUCUGAGGGGUGCUUCCUUAAUGCCUUUUGUAGAACAAGUCUCUCCUGCAUUUCUGGUCACUGGUGGGAGGGAGGAGAAAGCAAUAGUUAAGUGAGUGCACGCUGUUACUACCUCUACUAUGAAUAGAAUAACAGCUGGUUACACUGUCUUGCAAGGCAGUGAGAUUUGUGAAGAAUUAAAAGGUACAUGAAGUACCUGACUUGUAUGGCUCCUGCCCCUGCCCUGAGCGUUUUGUUGUGACCUUGUUACCUGAUUUUCAAAAAUGAUUUUUAAAUGCUUUAUACUUUUUUAAAAAUAAGAGUAAUUUGAGCUUCUAUCCUCACUCCCAUCUUGUAAUGGUUUAGUUGAUGUACUUGCUAUUGUUGAGAUGGGACCCUAGUUGCAUUUACGGAUAUAUAAUAAAUGAGUUUUUAUACAUUUCAAAUUUGUCAUGCUACCUCGAGUGCAAUCAGCACUCUGAUCUGCAAUGAUUAGACUCAAUACGUUUUUUGGGGGCUAUUUAUGAUGUGUAUCUUUUUUAUUUCCGAAAGAUUGCAACAAAAGGUGAUACAACUUCUGUAAUGUUUUCAAAUACUUGUGCUUUCUGCAGCAUUAGAACCACUGUAUUGUUCAUUAUUGAUAUAUAAAAGAAAGUUAUUUAAUUCCACUUGCUUGCCAUUGUCUGAAACCUUCCCAGAUUCCCUUCCCUCUCACUGUGACAGGAAUACUGUGCACCUGCACUGAGCUGAAUUUGCUCCUAGUUUUUAUUCUUUUUGAUUAGUGUUCUUUCUCUGGCCAAGUGCCAUGAGAAAUUAGCUUGCUCCCAGUGUUGGGUGACUGUGAUACUCCAACUGCAUGCUAAGCUGAUACUUGAUGCCAUAGCCAAUGUCACACGGAUUGGAUUAGCUGCUACAAACUCUGUCUGAUUAUAAUUUUUCUUCCUCCUAAUGAGGUAGAAGUUGGAAGUUCGGUGGCUAAAGAAUCAGACCUGUGAUUUUGCCCUUCCUUUGCCCACUUUCCCCCAAUGCACCUAACAUUAAUUUCGUUAAGUUUUUUUUCAAUUCUGUAGUGCACGUAGUUGGAUGUUUUGGCGACGGUUUAAUCUUGAGCUUGUUAAUGUGCAUGCUCAAGGUUAGCAGUGUCACCGAAGCCCUCUGAUUGAUUUAUUGCCUUGUAGCUGCUGCCCUCUUAACCCUGAUGUUAUUCCAAUCUCAUCCUCAUCUACAUUAAAGACCCUUUUGCUUCCUGUUUCUAUUUUAAUUUCAGGUUUUGCACGGCUGUAGGGGACGAUCUCUCAGAAACAAACUUGCAACACAGUGGCUCAGGUUCUGACUGAAAGUUACAUUGGCCAACGCAAUUUUGAAGGUUGCAUCUCACGUUUGUGUUUCCAGCUCCCCAACCAUUUCAUUGAUUGUCUAAGAUACUUACUGCUGGCCCCCAUCCCACUUGAAAGCAAACAGACUGUUCAUUCCUGAAUCAAUAAUUCUUAACUGUCAAACCGUUUCUCAUUAUUUAAUCUAAUUACUAAGCCAAUGUUCCAAGAAACUGGCAGAGGAAGGAAAGCCUUCAUAUUUUUGAGGGGCUAAUGAUUUUUCUGUCUAGUUUGCUGAUAGCAUCAUCCUAUAAAUUAAGUUCCUAGAGACUCCAGGGCAGUUCUGAAGGGUUGGCACCCCUGCUAAAAGCUUGUUAUUCUGUGGCAAUUAAGUGUUUGUGGCUGACUUCUAUAAAUGUACCAUCCAAAAUGAAGCAUUUAGGUGAUGAUUUGGAGGUGUUGGACUGGAGUGUACGAAGUUAAAAAUCACACAACACCAGUUUAUAGUCCAAUAGGUUUAUUUGGAAGCUCCAUGAUUUGGAGGUGCUGGUGUUGGACUGGGCUGUACAAAAUUAAAAAUAAAGCUGUUGGACUAUAACCUGGUGUAGUGAUUUUUAGUAUUUAGGUUAAGUAGCUAUAAUUGGCUUUCAAUAUUUUGUCUUAUGUUGCCUGUUAACUAAGACAUAAUGCUACAUAUUCUGUAAAAGCAUCAAGUUGCCUGUUUGUUUUCUCUGAGCUGAACUUAUUACUUUUAGUUUGGAAAUUUUCAAAUUAACACAAUCCUUUCAUCUUCACAUGUUUUUCCAGGUAUUAUAAUUGCUAAGCAAUAAUGCUGACCUGCAGGUGCAUGUUAGCCCAUCAUGUAACACAUAUGGAAUCAUAGAAAAUCAUUUGUCUAAUGCACCUGUGCUAGCGAUAUCCAAUUUAAACCCUCUCCUCCUGCACUCCUUCACCAACGUUGUGUAAAUAUUUUUAUUUGUAUUUCAGUUUUACAUUCUCCAUUAGUUUUCUCAUUCUCUUAUAAAAGUUAAUGUUGAACCUGCUUCGACACCCCUUUCAACCUGCACAUUUAUAAGUAGUGGCCUUUUCUAAAACAAUCAAAUGUGUAACUGUCUGUCUUUUGCUCUUUAUCUUCUUCAAGUAAAGCACUCACCCCCACACUUUUAUUUUGGAAAAUCUGUAUUGAUAACCUUGAGUCCCGUUCUUGUUGACCUACCAAACAAUGUGUUUAUGAGCUGAGCGCAUGUUUAACCUCACUGUCUGCUCAUUGCUUGCCUUCCCUGUGUUUAUGAAUAGCUUCUCGCUCUGAGUGAAUUUCUUCCACCAAGAUCAUGGCAGACUUUUGGGAAUAUCUCUUUUUCAAAUUCACCACCCUGAACUUUAAUUGUUGUACUCAAGACCACCUUGUAACUAAUUCUGACUUAUGUGAGUCAAGAUUGAGUUUAAGUGCAUGAGAUGUCAUUGUGGAUGAUUUCAUUUAUCCUCUCAGAUAAAUAUUGAACAUUAUUGUGUCAAGUUGCAGCUACUCCUUAACACUAAUUUGAUAGAUUUGUUGACCAGAGCUGUUGUGUUUUGCCUGUGUCUUAGGAGAAUUCACUUCCUCUUGUGGCAUUUUCAACAAGUAUAGAUGAGCAAAUUUCUAAUAAUCCAGCAUUGUAGCCAAGCAGAAGGGAGUAUAAUGUGGAUCAUUGUUGGAGCCACAACGAGAUUAUUCCAGGCCUGUCAAAUCGGGUGAAAAGGUGAGGCAGGUUUGUCUGCAAGGAGUAGGAACUGUUCUAAUUUUCAAUUUUAAGAUUUUCUUUUAAGAUUAUGGUUGAUGUUGUGUCAUUCAGUAUCCUCAUCCUAGAAUUGUUGGGUACAGAGGCCAUUCAAAUCACUGUACCUGUGCUGACCCUUUGAAAAGGUCAUCCAGAUAGUUCUUCCUUCCCCUUUUCCCACUGUCCUCUCAGUCUUUCUGUAAUUUUACAUCCUAUUCCUAAUCUCGCCUUUUGCUCGAUCAUACACUGGGGGAAAGAUUAACUCUUAAGUUGAAAGGAAAUAAGAAGCGGUUUUCUCAUCAGACCUUGUUGUCCUCCAUUCUGGGUGUGUUUACUGCUUCCUGAAUUUGUGAGCAGACUGUUAAUGUCCAUGCAGCAUGCUGAAGAAGAUUUAAAGAUCUGAAGAUUGUGUUUAUUGGCACAAAAAUACCACGCUUCACAAAUAUGAUAUUCACUCUACUAAAGAAUUCAAAUCUGCCAAUGCUGUUCUUUCAUUCUCAGUGGCCAUUGCACCCCCUCUAAUUUUAUAUUGGCUUUACUUCCUUUUUGAUUCCAGUAUAUUGGAACCUAACCUGUUGAAUCCAACUUCUUUAACCCACAGCAAAGCUGUAUACCCAAGGGAAUAAUGGCCACCGUUCACCUGAUAUGGGGAUGGGGUGCUGGAUUCAGUAGUGCUGGUGCCAGAAGUUUGUUCAUGAGUAUUGGACAAAUAAAACAGCAGGUGUUGAUGACGUGUCAUCUUUCUCAAAGAAUUUGAGUUAAUGUUGUUGUUGAGUCUAUUUAACAAGUUGGCACCAAUACGUUUUGGCAGAGGUGGUAAAUUCGUGCUUCUUCAGAUGUAGUUCGUUGCGGGUUGCUCAUGUUUUCCGAACACCUUCCAGUAUUUGAGUGUUGGAGUGCAAAGAACUUCUGGUACUAUUUUGAACAAAAGCAAGAUUAGUUUUUAAUUGUUCAGUACUGUAGCCAUGCCGAAGAGAAUAUAAUGCGGAUCAGUGGAGUUUCUUUAGGAGCUUAUUCCUUGUUCAGUGGGUUACAUGGACAUGUAUUUAACUCUUGAACUAACUCUUGUUCCGUUAGGAUUCAGUGGCCUCCAAAUGUUUAGAAACAAGCUGUAUAAUUAAGAGCAAGCUACUGCAGGUAUUGCUGAUCUGAAAUACAGACAGUGUUGAAGAAACUCUUCAGCCAAAGAGGCAAGGUGAGAACUUCUUUUUAGCUCAGAGGGGUGGAGGGAGCUUGGAACUCUCUGCCUGAAAGGAUAUUUGAGUCAGCAGCAGUCCUAAAAUUUAUUCAUUUGUGCUGUCAUAGCCUCCAGGGCUAUGGGUGAAGAGCUUGAAAAUUGAGAGCAGUGUAGUCAGAUCUUUCACCAAUACAGACACAGUGGCUUCCUGUGUUGUAAAUGUCUGAGUCUAUGACGUCUGGCUACAUCUGUGGAGAGAGAAAAACAGAAUUAACAUCUAGAGUCCAGUGUUACUCUCUCUGCAGCUUGAUAAUUGUUAACUCGAUUGCUUAUUUUCAGUUUUCCAGAUUUUACAAUUUUGUGCACACUUCCAUUUCUGAUUUGCUGAUCUUGGAUUAGUGAAAUAGUUCCACUGUCUGCUUUCUGAUUAAUCUCCUUCAAUGUGUAGACCCAAACCAUAAUCAAGCCAUGAAAUAUAUUUCCAGGGGAUAACUGCACAUCACUGACAUUCACUAGUACAUUUUACAGAUGUAUUGCCCUGGUGCUUUUUCCUCAGCGCACCUCAAAUGUGCUGAAGGCAUCAAUACCACAAUCUUGAUUCCCUAAUUCUGAAGGUGCUGUUCUAUUUCUCUGUAUGCUGUAGCUAUGAUACUUGGAAGAAAAUGUGAUGUGGUCUUAUACAUUGAAAUAGAGUAGUUCUGUGGCUAUGCCAAGUUAUCUGUUGCCACUUAUGAGUUGGGAUUGAGAAUUUUCACUGCUGCUAUGAAAAAAAUCUGUGAGAAGGCAACCAGUGAUGUUUUAUUCCUUUAUGGAAAUGUGGGUGUUAUGAUUGCCCAUCCUUAAUUACCCUUAAGGUGGGGAAUUGCUACCAGAAUAUAAAUCACUUGAUAUGACAUCAGUAUUGAUUUAACUUUUUCUUUCUUUUUAAGUCCGAGUAUACUUUUGACUGAGGGAGAGGAUGUAUGAACACUUGGAUCCCAGUGCCUCUUCAGACGGUCUAAAUUUUUUUAAUUCAAUAACUUACAUUUGCAUAGCACCUAAAAAUGUAUCAUGAUGUAAAAUAGAAUAGUCACUCACAAGAAUUUCACAGAGUUAUCGAGAGAGACAUUAGUGUUGGUGACUAAAGGCUUUGUCAAAGAGACAUGUUAGGAGGUGUCUUAAAGGAGGUAGGAGAAAUUUUAAAAGGAAAUUCUUGAGUUUAGAGCCUGAGUAGCUGUAGACAUGGUCAUCAUUAGUGGAGGGAUGAAAAUCAUGAAUGCUGAGGAGGAAGGGACUGGAGAAGUACAGAAUUUUAUAGGGAUAGAAGAAUUUAAAAGCUUUCUAAGACAGACACUUGUGGACAAAAAUUUAACAGUGAACUAAUAAAUAUCACUAAUAGCAUAGUUCCAAUCAAGUUAAUUUAGUACUGCUUGUAGGUCAGGCAGUAGUAAAGGAUUAUUUGAACAAAGCCGCUCACUUUAACGAAAACCUCAAAUUACCUUUCCUAAGUACAGUAUAAAAUGUUUAACAGCUUAAUGUGUUUACCUCUUUAAAUCUUGAUGUUUCUUCCAACAGUUGGAAAUAUAAUUUAAAUGUUUUAUGAAGGUGCAAAACUUGGUGUAUUAGCCUGCUGGUUCCUUCCAGCAGUUUUUUAAAUUUGGAAUUUUUCCACCUUUUUUAAACUUGCAUGUGACAGAACAAAAAAAAAUUGUUGUUUUGGGUGGACUGUAUGAAAGGGUUCCUGUCAAGUUAUUGAAUAUCUGAGCUCAAUGUAUUUCACUGACUUAGAUUUAGACAUGAUUCAAGCUGCCUUGCAGCAACCUUUUUGUUCAGCUGUGGGAAUGUUUCUCUUUUCCCUCACCCCUUCCUCUGCUUCACCACCCAGUAUAACCCCGCUGAGCGUGGGCAUCAGUUCUGGCUCAAGUUAGGAGCACUUCCUCCACUGUCUGAAGGUUGUGGGAUUGGAGUUCUUUUCCAGGUACUUCAGCACAGUAUCUAGUACAGAACUGAGGAAUGCUAACUUUCUGAUAAGAUGCCAUGCUGGGACCCAUGUGUGUGCUCAGCCCUAAAAGAUCUCAAGGUUGACUUUGAAGUGGUUCAGGGAAGUUCAUCUGCUUGUCCUAGCUAAUGGUUAUCAUUCAAUGAGCAUCAUUAUAAAGACCACCAUUAUCACAUUGCUAUUUAUGGAGCUUGGUGUGUUUGCUUCAAUAAAACAAUGUUUACACUUCAGAAAUAAAAUGCUGUUGGGAUGCCUUGAAGUUGUAAACAUUGCUCCAGAAAUGCAAGUCUAUUGUCUCCUCCAACACCUUGCUACCCUGUCUGACACUCAAAACAAAAUUCUGAUAUUUAUAAAUUGCAGUGCUUUGUGACUGACCAUAGAUGUUUGUUACUUUGUCUUUGACGGUGGGAUGGUAUGGCAGGGAGAGAAAAGCUGUUGCAAAUAUGUAUUUGUAUUUUCAUGAACUUUGCUUUUGAAGGUGUAUCUUUGAAAUCCAGUGUGAAAGAUUAAUUCCUGAAAGUGGCGGAGAAUUUUUGUUUUGCUGUUAACUUUCAGGAUUGGAGUUGCCCCUCAGCAAUCUUGUCUCUCACCCUUGAUGUUAACUUGUGCAGGUCUGUAGAACUGUUUAUAUCUCAGGCAAUGCUUUCUGUUCACAGAGCUGUACAUUUUUUAAGAGCAAUACUUGCUGGUAUGCAAUAUUGAUGUGUUGUACCACGAAAUCCUUACCCCUUUGCCCCCUCCACUGAAUGUUCACAAUCAUUAUACACCUGUAGUUAUGUUACUCUUUAUCAAUGAUUGAAGAGGGCACUGAUGGCCCUUUCCAGAUUUUUAAAAGUUUAGCUGCUAGAUUAAUACAGUUUCAACUGGAACAUGUAUAAUUCUUUUCCUGUUGAGUAUUUUAGCCCUUUUUGGUGGGGAAUGGGUGAUAAUCAGUAUUGUGCAUUUAAAAAAAAGUUUACUCAUCCAAAUUGGAACAAUAUUUGAGCCCAGGAAUCUUGUCUGCUUUGCUUCUGUAGAUUUGUUUGACUUCUUCUCCAGAAUGUGAUUUAUUUAUUGUGAGGGGGAGUGCAUGUUGUACUUGUUCUGAGCUUUAGUUUGUAAAGGACAGAGCCCUUUUUGGAUUGUGGAAACCAGCAUUUAGAGAAAACAAAUAUUUUUGAAGAAACCAAAUUUAUUCUUUGGCUGAGCUAUGAUUUAAUGCCAUUUUGAAAAUCCAUUGUGUUGAAAUCUAUUGCAUGACCGAGCAUAUUUGAGUAUUUUCAAAAUUAACUAUUUGAAGGGAAAAAGUCAGUAGGGUUUUUUGGGAAAGAGCAGAGAUGUGGGACUCACUGGGCAGAUGUACCAAAGAGUUGGCACAGACAUGAUGGGUCAAAUGGCCGCCUUUUGUGCUGUAUCUGUCUGAUUUUUCUUAAGUGCAAUCUCUUGUCCAUUUCCAAACAAGAUACAAGAUUGAAGGAUUUUCAGUUGUAAAACCUAUUUACAAUUUCGGACAACCUGUUGCCCUGGCUCCUGUUCCUUUUUUACAUGCUCAACCUCUGUUUGGGAGCAUGAGCUGAUUCAGGCCUGGGAACACGCAUCAUCCUCAUUGAUACUGAUGUUCUCUCAUGGUCUGACAGCAGUGUGGGACAAGCAGCUUUCCCCAGUUGGGUCCUGGCAGUAUCUGCUUGUGCUUAUUUUUCGGAGGCUGUAUAGUUUAAUUAAUAACUCUUUCUCUAUUGGGGUCUCUAGUGUUUCGAAGCUGUCCUUGUUCACAAAUGUAUUUGAAACAAUUACAAGUGUGUUUACUUUUUCCAAAUGAUUACUGUGUACAAUGAGAUAUUAAGAGGUAUGCUUGGAAACCUGCUCUUCAGUGUGCUGUGUAGGGCUGCUUAGAUUUGUUUUUUUAUAUAUAAACCAAGAAUUUUAAGUUCAUUAUCAAUGCAUUAAAUUCGUUAUACAGCAUAAAUAUUUAAACAUGCACCCAGUGUAAAUUUAUAAACGUCAUUUUUUUUAUUUUUAGCAACUGUCAACUUUUAUUUUUGAAAAAUCAUUUGCACUCCUAUUUUUUCCAAUGUAGGCAUGUUUUGCAGUUGUUUUCAAGUUUGCAUUCUCAUGAGGUCAAACACUAGAGAAUUAAUUUCUAAUUGCUAAUUAACUUCCCAAUAUUUGUCACUGUAUGAGAAUCAACAGCUGAUUGAAUAAGGCUUGCACAGAUUUGGCUAUUUCAAUGCACCCAUUUAUAUCCCCAAGACGUGUGAAAGGCGUGCUCACAGUAUGGAAUUGACUGUCUCCUUCACACCGAGGAGAGUUAUGCAUGAAUGCUGUUCUACCUUGAACUUUAUAUAGAGAACUAGAUAUUUAUGACAAGUCACAGAUGUAGUAAGUGAAGUUUAUUUGAGGUUUCACUUUUUUUUUAAAAAUGUGGCUAGCUGGAGAGAAUAACCAUGUUUUUGGUUACCUGUGUGUUUUACUGAGGCUCCACUGUUUAAAGUUUUGUUCCCACUCCAGCCUCCAGCUUGGCUUGAUUGAAGAGACUUCUCCUUAACUGUCUCUGCACACACUGAUGUUUGAGCUGGAUUAUUUGAAAUAAAUAGUUUGAACAAUUUCUUAAA